AUGAGGACAUUAGGUAGGCCAGUCCUUGAGCCCAGUGGUGGCAGCAGCAGACUGAGCCUACCUGUCCUUGGGCCCCAGGGCGGAAAGAUAGUAACUACAUUCACCAACACGUUACACAGGAAGAAGAACAGGUCUGGGGAAGAUGAUGAUGAGUUCAGGGUGGACAUGGGAAAUGUAAAGUUCAGACAAGAGGGGGCUUCUGAGGUGAUCGGGCAGUGUCAGUCUUCAGCCACUAAGCUGAGAAGAUUGGGGAAGGAGUCAGAGAGCCUUGGGCCAGAGUUCCAGGGUCUCUGGAAAUGGCUGCCAGGUGAGUUGAACAGUCCAAUUUUCAGUGGGGUCCCAUAUAGAUGGGUCACGGCUUACGAGGAAUCCCGGGCUGUGGGCAUUCCUUGGCCCAGUGGCCAGAUUUCUGGCAUGUGUAGCCAGCUCCUGGGGGAGGAGGUUCUGGAGGAACCCCUGGCAGCUGCAGUUCAGGCAUUUAGAGUUGUGGGCUGGAGAUAUGGCUGGGGUUUGUCUCACAGUGGAGGCAAGGAAUUGCAACUCAGAAAUACAUUGCUACUUGGCUACCUCUACUCUAUUAUUGUACACCUUGAAGGCUGCCGCCGGUUUCGCGCCCAGUGCCGAGGCAGCGGCGGAGCCGGGGAAGGUCGGAGGGAGGGUGGUUUCCUCCCGCCCCACACCCAGUCUCCGAGCCGGAUAUAUAGAGUGUCACGUUUGGGAGCCGAAAGACUGGAGCCUUUUCCUUGUGGCUGGAGCGCUUCCCGUAGCCUCGGGGAAGGAGCAGGAUUUCGAGGACCACUAGUUGGACCCCAUCCUCGUGCUGGAGGAACAGGUAUUCCAGGGUCCCCAGCCCUGGCGCUCGCAGAGCCCACGCGCUCCAAAGGCAGAGACCGGACUGGGGGUGGCCCAGGAGGGAGGGCUCGGCUGGGUUCGCAGGGCGGGGCGGUUCCCGGCGGGACCUCGAGGAGGGUGGGUGUGAGGCCGGGUGGGAGGAGAGAAGCAUUUGCGGAGGCUCUGCCCCCUGAAGCUGCCCCCGGCUGCACCCCAAUCGUCACCGGCCGUUUACGCGCGGUUGGCGUCGGCGGAGCCCGCCAAGGUGGGGCGCGCGGGGGUUGCAAAGGGCAGAAAGCCGGGAAGGACCCAGCAAGGUUAAUGUGGGGGGCCGCGCCUUGGGGACUGGGGACCCAGGAAGAGAGGCGCGGGGCCGAGUCCCACCCAGGCCUCCUGGGCCCUUGGGGCUAUUCCUGGAGAGAGCGCGAAAGUGCUGGCGCCACGUGUGAAACGGCAGCCGUCCUAGGUCCCCUCCCGGUGCCUGGGACCGCCAGGGCGCCCAGUCCUGGUCCCCGGAGCAGGUCCUCGCCAGCCCCCAGCCCCACCCCAGGCUGCGCACGUCCCUACCCUCCCACCUGGGCCUCGCCGGGGUCGUGGCUGACGCGCGCUGGGGCGACUGGUGAGGCCAGGGCGGGCUUUGCCCCUGUAGGAAGUUUUAGACAUCUUCCUGCGGCCUGGGCAUCCUGGGGGUGUGCAGGGGAGCAGGUGCCAGAAGACUCCAACUGGAGUAGAUGGCUUGCAGGAAGGCUGCUCAACACUCCUAGCAAGUAGAAUUACCCGCGGGGCAGUCUCAGUCUAUUAAAACAAUUCAUGCCCAAUCUUAUCCUACAAACCAGAGGAAGGCGUCUCACCUGCCAGCGGUGGCACCAUUUCUUCCACGGUUGAGUUAUGUGGUGUGAGCAACCAAGGUUAUCGCUGGAUCUGCAAGAGUUUGGCCACUCGUUGAAGCACGUAAAGUGCCCCCAUUAUGUGAUGAGCAAGGACAGAGUAGGGUCAGAAAAGUGACCAGGGAAUUCAGGUAGAUCGUGCUUUUCUGUUUGCUAGGUCGAGAGAAAUUUGACACUGGGCAAAUGGAAAUUUGAGAAUUACCCCGUGGUUUCAAUUACCCAUCUCUGUAUAUUCCCAUUUAUAAGAGCUGGAGAUUUGACUGACAGGUGUAGUUAGUCCAAAAUUUAGAAAGGGGGGCAAGGGACUAAAUAAAAACUUAAGGCAGCCACCUAAACUGCAAGAGCAGGCAUUUCCGCAGAAGGGAUAUUUGUGUGUGAGACUUCUAGGAGAUGGGCAUGAGGUUUUUACCAGGCCGACGCGUGUGUCAAUAUUUCAUCGGUAGUAUUUCUCAGGAUCCACGUCUUUACAGUACUCUUUUCCUAAUUCUGAGGGCUGCUUCUGCCCCUGCUGUAUUAACAAAUUCCUCACUUACUCCUAUUUCUAACAUUGGGCUAUAAUUAUCUAUAAAAGAGAUGUAAAUCACCAUGAGUUGGUAAAUCAUACAGCUAUUAGAGAAAUUAAAGUAAAUGAAAAUAUGCUUUCCUUAAAGGAAGCUAAAAUGUGACAUCCAAUUACAGAGGAAGAGGGAGAGGUUGAAAAUAAAUAAAAUGGCUUAUAUUAGGGUAUCACUUUGGGGUUUAUAAAGCAUAUGAUCAUCUUGACCAUCUCACCAUCUGCUUUCCUAUCUCCUGAGGAAGAAGCAUUCUUGAGUGCAUUUGUUUCUGGCAACAUCUCAUCAGUGUUAAGAAUUCCUUGAUUUUGCAUUAAUUCCCAUGCACUCAUGAAAACUUACUUAUUCACAAAUAUAGCCUUGGGAAGGAUCAUGCACAGUGACCACCAGCAUGCUUGUCCCUACCAAUAUAUUCUGACAUUGUAGGCUCUGUUGGAACAUGUAUUACCUUUGAAGAGGGUAACAGACCAAUUUGAGAAUCUGAUGAAAGCUGUGGAAUAUGAAAGACAAAUACAUACAUAUUAACACAAAAUUCCACCUACAAUUUCAGGAGUUCAUGGCCUCCUUGAUGCCCAGCCUCCUACAUUCUAGAUGUCUAGAGGCUCCAGGCAGGGCCAGCUUCAUGGAAAUGCAAAACUGCAACCGCACAGGGCCUUGCACUUGGAAGGGCCCUGCAUUUGGUAAUGUUCUGCUAUCACCGUCUGCUGGCUUAAUAAUUUUCAAAGAGGCUCUGGAUCUUCAUUUUGAACUGGGUCCUACAAAUUAUAUCCUGACCCCAGGCUGACAAACUUGGUCUAAAACUAACCAAAUAACAGUGUUUUAACAGCAAUCCCACAUUUAUGGUGAGUUCUCCAGUACAAACCUGAAAUUUAUCUGCUGCUCACUUAGGUGCUCUUGGACAUGUCAUUCAGUCUUCCUACAUUUCAGUUUCCUCAUUGACAAAAUAAAGACAACAGAUGACACCUUCUACUUUCUUUAUUUUCAAGGUUGUAUUAUCUCUAAGUAAAAAGAGGUUAUAAUUGUAAAAAAUGUCUACUUGCUUUGAAUAAUUCUUUUCUAAAAAAUAUGCUGUUGUUGAAGGGUUAAACUUUGCCCUCCAUUUUUCAGAAGUAGCUUGAGGAAGGUUGAUUGAGCACACUAAAAAGACUGUAGAACCUUUCUGACCCUUAUAGUUUGGUGGAAAAUAAAACAAAAAGUAGGCAAGUAUUCAGUGUGUUAAAUACUCCUGAAAUAUCAUUAUUUGGACAAAAUUAGAAUUUUCAACUAAAGGUGCAGAAUAAGUUCUUGGAUCCCAAAGGUAGUUAUUGAAUUAAAUUAAUGUUUGGGUCUAAUUAAUCCAAACAUCGAACCGUGAGAAAAUGAGCCAAUGACUGAAAUUUUUUGAGGGGGUAAUCCUUUUUGUUUCAUUUAAUUUAAAAAAUCUGUAAGUUCAAAAGUUUGAUCAAGUCAUCCUUUAAAAUAUCCUAGGAAAUGCCAAAUCAAUUUAAAGUACACCUAGUCUCUUGCCAAAUACACCUAGUGACCUUUUGUAACUCUGGUGCCUCUUAAAGAGGAACUGAAAAAACAGGCAAGUCCUCUGUCCCCAGACUCCUCCCUUAACUACUCUCUGACCUCAAAACUUAUCUUUAUUCCAGCUGUCCUUGUUAGCAUGAUGGCAAUACACUCAGAACCACUGAGGAAUAAAAUAGUGUGAAAGGGAAUUGAUCAAACUCCUUUAUUAAGGUCUUCUAAUGGCACUAGAAGGGAUGAAUGGAGAUUCGUUCUUCAUGCAAUUACUCUGUGCAGGGGCAUGCAGUGUACUUUAGGAUACAAAGUAACAGUUCCUGUAUUCAAUAAACUUAUGACAUCAUUAGUAAGACAAAUAUGUCAAUAUAAGGUAUUAAUUUAAAAUAGCAAAUAAGUAGUUACAAGGCAAUAGAAGAUUUGGCACCAAAUGAGUGGUGCAGAAAAUAAGUAUAAUUAAUUCCCAAGAAGAGAAUAAAAUAAGCUGAAAUGCUGAGGGAAGCAUAAGAGGAAAGGCCCUUAGAGAUAGCCCUUAAAGUUCUGCAACAGAGAUGAACAAACAAGACUUUUGGGUGCCCAGGGACCACAGUGGCACUUUGGGGUGGGAAAUGUGCAGAAAAGGAAUAUCUGGAUGCAGCUGAAGUUUUAUGUAAGGAAAAGGCUGGAGAUAAGUCUGUAACAGAAAUUCCCUCUAGCUAGCUUCAUUCAUGUAAUAAAUAAUUAAGCCCAUUCUGUGACCAGACACUGUGCCAGCUUUUCCACAUUUGGUGUUGAACAAAGCAGACGUGUUCCCUAUUUUUUUGGAACCUACAGACAUUUACAAAAUAAACAUGUAGGAAUACAUUGUGGGAAGUAGCGUGGAGAAGAACAGAAUGCUGUAAGAAAAAAAUCAGGGGCACUGACUCCGUUUUGGUGUUCUGAGAAGGCUUGCUCUUUGACAAAGAAAGAUUUCAAUUGCUAUUGGAAAGAAUCAUAGGGGUUAACUUGACUAAAAAAAAAAAAUCAACAAAGAGAAAAAGCAAUCUGGGCACAGGAAAUUGCAAAUGGGAAGGUCUUAAGAGAAAACGCUUGCAGCAUUCAAGGGACAGAGAGAAGGCAGGCCUUGUGACUGCACUUAGGUGAGGGCGCUGCUGAGAGGCAGGACACCAGUUGGAGAGGGGAGCAGGUGGCUGGUCAUGCCCAAAUUCACAGGUGUUGAUAAAGAUCUUGAAUUUAAUUUGAGUGGGUUGCCAUUGAAGACUUUUAAGCCAGAGACUGUUCUAAUUUCUAUUUUGAGGAACUCUUUAUGUAGACAAUAAGGAGAGUGAACUGGAGGGAUAAAGGAUUGGAGGUAGGAAGACCAGGGAGGACAGAGUGCAGGUGAGAGUACAGUCAGGGAGGAGGGAGAGAAGUGCACAGACUUGAGGUGUGUUUUGAGAGUUGGAUUGACAUGUCUUGGUGAUAGAUUGGAUAUGGUAGGUGGGAGAGGCAGAAAGAAGAGUGGGAAUGAAUUCAUUUAAUAGAUACUGCUAAAUGCUUAUAAUCCAAAACAGUAGGCUCAGAUGCAUAUGAUUUAGAGAUGCCGUAAGAAGAACUGAAAAAUAAAACAAAAACUGAUCGCCCUGGUUAUUACCUCUGGAAAAGUAUACUGGCUGCUGGGAUAGGGGUGAGAGAAAGGAGGGAGGAGAUUUUUGCUUUUCAUACUAUCCUCUCUACUGUUUGAAUGAUUUUUAAAAUCAUGCUUGCAUUUUAUACUUUUUUAAAAAGUUAUUAGCAUGACAGAUAUAGCUCCUGUCUUUCUGACCUGAGCACAUAGAUGGAAUAUGGUGUAAUUUCCUAAAAUGAGAAAAAUUAGGGAAGAAAGAUCUGAUCCUCUCCAAAAUAAUUAUUCCAAAACAUAAUUUACUCCCCUGCUUAAAACCCUGUCAUUCCUCUUCCUUGUCUAUAGCAGUUUUUCCUAAACUGCAGUCUAUGAAUUAUUAUUUUCUUGGGAUAUUAACAGUUAAGUAAAGGAAGAAAAGCUUCCCUGAUGAUAUGACUUUGAGAAACACUUGAUUUAACCUACUUAACCAGUUGUGGUUUUGUUUUUGUUUUUUUGUUUUGUUUUGUUUUGUUUUUGAGACAGAGUCUCUCUCUCUUGCCCAGGCUGGAGUGCAGUGGUGUGAUCUCAGCUCACUGCAAGCUCCGCCUCCCAGGUUCAUGCCAUCCUCCUGCCUCAGCCUCCUGAGUAGCUGGGACUACAGGCGCCCACCACCAAGCCUGGCUAAUUUUUGUAUUUUUAGUAGAGACGGGGUUUCACCGUGUUAGCCAGGAUGGUCUCGAUCUCCUGACCUUGUGAUCCGCCUGCCUCAAAGUGCUGGGAUUACAGGCGUGAGCCACCGCACCGGGCCCCUACUUAACCAGUUUUAUUGCAGGAAUCCUCAGAGCCUUUAAUGUCCUAAUGCAUGUUAAUAAUCAUCAAGAAAAGAGAGAUCUUUUAUGCUACAUUUCCUAAACUUGACGUUGAAAUGCUUUUCCAGCAGAACAUCUAAGAGAGCCAGCAUUCAGCAUAACACGCUUUGGGAAAUGCUGUCCUAUAUUAAUAGAUUAAACCUUUUAACAUCUACAGUUCUCUAUUAACCAUAAGCUUCUCUCGUCUCUUUAAUCCUACUUAGUUGGUGGAAAGCGGGAGACUGGAAUUGACUCUGUUAAUAGGCAUUAAGUUGAUGAUGAAAACAACCCUGCUCUGUGGAUGAUAUUCAGAAACAGGAUCUGCAGUCUGAUUAAAAGCAAAAUUGUUGUUUGUUUUUCAUUUCUACUUCUUUGGCAAGGUUCUGCAGGACCUCAUCAAGAUGCAUUUUGUGAAGUCUAUGUUUAAUACAUGUGACCUGAGGCAUAAACAAUGGGGAAGACUCCCCAGGGCCUCUUAGGUCCCGUGGUAGGCCUGGGCCUUAUCUGAUCUUUGUAAGCCAUCCCCUGCAGGGCAAUACAGUGUGACUACAUAGGGUAUCUGUAGGAACAUUGGUUUUUGAGUCUCAUAUAUCCACUUCCUGGAUCCCCAUGCAUUUGCAUGGUGGUAGGCUGGAAGCAGAAAUGCAACUUAUGGCCAAAGAACAGUGCAGCAGAGCAUAAUGGAAGAAACAGGUUCACACAGCUGUAGAAUUCUUCCUUGGCUUCAUCAGCUCUGUGUUCCAGCCCAGGGGUCAGCAGCUUUGGCCCAAGGCUGAAAUCUGGCCCCUGCCUUUUUGUUUAUUAUUUGAACUAAGAAUGGUUCUUAUAUUUUUAAAACUUUGAAAAAAUCAAAAGAAUAAUAUUCUGUGACAUGGGAAAAAUUAUAGGAAAUUUAACCUAUAUGAAAUUUAACCUUCAGUGUCUAUAAAUAAAGUUUUAUCAGAAAACAGCUUGUAUCAUUCGUCUAGUCAUCCCUAUUGGCUAUGACUGCUUUAGUGCCCUAACCAAUCAAUUAUUAUGACCUUUAAAUCCUAAUAUAUUUACCUUGUGGUCCUUUACAGAAAAUGUUUGUUGACCCCUGCUCUAAGGCUAUGAAACUCACCUGCCAUAGGUAAUCUUAAUUGUUUUGUUUUUCAUUUGUUUAAUUUAUGAGGGGAUAGAAAUAAAAUAGUUAAAUUGACUUCCUAGUAGGUCCUCAAACAUUAUUGGCAUUCAGGCACAGAAAGAGAAAUACUGCAUCAUCUCAUUUUUAGGUGGAAUCUAAACAUGUUGAACUCAUAAAUAAAAGUAGAGAGAAGAAUGGUGGUUACUAGAGGUUGAAGGCAAAAGGUGGUAGGGGUGCAGGGUGUGGGGAGGUGGGGGGAAGUUACUGGUCAAAGGGUUCAAAUUUUCAGUUAGGCAGGAGGCAUACGUUUUGAGAUCUACUGCACAGCGGAAUGACUAUAGUCAAUGAUAAUGUACAUUUAAAAAUAACUAAGUAAAUUUCGAAUGUCUCACCAAAAAAAAGAUAAGUGAUGGCUACUGUAUCCUCUGAAUGUAUGAAAUUAUAACUUGUAAAUUUAAAAUAAUAUUAAUUUUAAAAAUGAAACAAACUAUUUUUGGCAUUGGAGUCAUGACAAUGCCAGUUUUUGUUGAUGGCUAGUGUUGCUAACGCUACAUGCCCAUGUAAAGAGCAGAAGACAGUCGCAAAGGUGAUCACUUGUAAAUUUUAUUCAAACAUUUGAACUCAUGUAUACAGGAUAGGCACUCAGAUAAAUAAAACUACGGCGUCCAGAGGUAAGGGGGAAAUUAAAUCUAAUAUAACUUAACUGUUUUAUUUUAUUACCUCUGAGCAGAUUGGAUUUCCUAUGAGUAGUCACCUCUGAUUUUUAUUUCAAUAAUGAAGCCAAUCUUUUUUUAUUAUUAAUGCACACUUUUAUAUGAAGAGUGGUAGUUUAGGGGUGACAGCCUCAAUUUUGGGUGACAGAAAUACAAAUUUCUCUGUCCCCACCUUAAACCUACUGAAUCAGAAUCUUUGGCGUGAGGAUCCCCAGGGGUUUCAUAAGUAGCUGCCACAGCAUAGGGGGAGAUUUUGGAAUAGCUAGUCCAGGUAUUUCCAUGGAACGUAGAGUCAGAAAAUAAGACCUUUGAGACCUGGUGCUUGGCUCUGUUACUGCUGUCAUAAAAUAUUUUCAGACAAGGGUGUGCUGUGUGAUCACAGAGUUUGGAUUAUGGGUCUCAUUGCCAGCCAUAUUGAUUGGAAGAUUUCUGUGAGAUAUCUAACUUUAUAAAGAGGACUGGUUUCAGGUGACACCUUCAUUCAAUAGACAUUUUCCCACUUUAAUCAACACCAGUAUUAAAAUAUCAAUGUGAUUAAACAAUGCAAUUAAACAAUGAAAAUUGAUUAAACAAUGUGGUUAAACAAUGAAAAAAAAACCUUACUAUAAUUGCCAGACACUAAGAAUAACAUUUGCUUGUUGAUUUAGCUGUAUUAUUUCAAAGUCCUAGAUCAUUUUGUAUCCUUAACUGCUGCAGGUUUGCAAAAGUAUUUUUCAACCUGCAGUUGAUAAUAUGUAUCCCCUAUGGCUUUUGGACAUCUUGCUUUUAAGGCAUUUUAACUUCCCAGGCUUCUCCAGAGACAGCCCCAAAACAUUGAAGCCCACACCUGAAGGGAGGAAGAGAAAGCAAACACUCCUCCCUGUGAAUUUGUGUAGAAAAGACAAAAAUAUGGCUUCUCCAACCACUUACUCAUCCUUCCAUCUUAGCUGGGAAGCUGUUGGAUCAGUAGCAUCUGCUGAUGAAUAACAGGAUGACCAUAGGAGGCAAGAAUAAUAUUUCCUGAGCCAAGAAAUGAGAAAUAGUUAUAAAAACACCCCACAUUUUAGAUCAUUUUUUAAAAAUCGUGCACUAUUUAUCACAGGUCAUUGAGAGGGCACAUUCCACAGAAGUGAGCAAAAAUCCCAGGUAUCCUUGAAAGCAAGAUCCUUGGAAAUUAGGAUGGCAAUUAAGUUAUGUGUCUGGUCCUGGUCCCAACAUAUUUGAAACCACUUAAGCACUUCCAGCAGAGUUAGAUUCACCAGUGCACAGUAUUGUCAAGAAACCAAAAGAAUCUGCCCAGAAGAAAUGGAUAAACUGAGUAAAAGAAACUGUAACAAGUCAGUGUUUGUGCAUGUAUUAAAGAUUUUUGCUUAUUAUUUUCAAUAAAGGAUAUUUAAUACUGAAAGUUGUAUGGAUAGAAGUAACAUAGUUUUAGCAUCUUAAAGAUGGAUGGUAUUCAGUUAGUGAAAUCAUAGAGCAAUUUGCCUAAAACUUAAGAGAAACUGUUUACUUAAAAUAAUAUUUGUUCCUGAUAGAUAUUAAGUAAAUAUUAAUGAAACCAACUUGAUGUCAGUAAAUAAUAAUAAGUAAAAAAACCAACUUUGUAUUUCUCUAUUUCACUGUAACUAUUGUCUCAUUUUGAAUUGAAUAUUAUUUCACUUGUGUUUUGUUUACACAAGACCUUCAGGACAUAUCUGCCCUGAAGCUAAGCACAUGAUCUAAAAGAUGGGCACUUGUUCUUUUACCAAAGAGUUUUCUGGGGAUUGAGAUCCACUUACCAAACUAUUCUCAAAGCUGCAGGAAUCUUUGAUGGCUUGAAAGAAUUAAUUUCCUUCAUCCAAAUGAGCAGUUUGCUUCUUUCUCAGCAACUUGUACUUGCCAUAACUCUCUUCUUAGCAGAAGUGUGACAUUGCCUCUUCCUUCUUUUCCUUCUGCUAUUUUGGUGCAGUCCUGCCGGAGGCAAUGGUUAUGCAAGUGCCACUGAAUGCAUUGCUGAUCACAGGAUGACACUUAGGUAAAUUUAGGUCUCAGUUUCUUUUAGGACAGAGCAAACUUUUCCCAAAUUAGACUUCCUUGAACUCCUAGACAUACUAUAUGUUGGCACAUAUCACACCAUCUUGUCUACGGUACAUAGUAGUGAGUGCAAAUAGCUUUGUCUUAACUAAGUAUAUUCACACUGGAAAUUGUAGAAUGUUCAAGUACCGUACCUAUAUUUGGUUCAAUUCUCUUAAAGAAAAUAAAAGCCAGUCCUGAAGACGUAAAGUGGCUUGUCACACAUCCAGUUAGUGGGUGCAUCAAGGCUAGUAUCCACAUCUUAUGACUGCAAAUCCCAUGACAAUUCCAUUCCAUUCAUUCAUUUAUUCAUUCGUACUAUUUACUGAGUACCUACUGUGUGCCAGGCAGGGUGUUUAGCUUUGCAAAUAGAAUGCAAAACAAGUUAUAGUACCAGCCCUCAAAUUUUAGUACUCCCUACUCUUUGAGCAAUAUUUGGCCGAUUGCAACUUGGAGUUUGUGCAAAUUUUCAGUAAUUAUACCCAAUGUGUAAAUAUACAAUGCUCAUAUAUCUUUAUUUUCCCUUCUUCCCUCUUCUAACUAGCCCCAGUCAAUGACUUGACUUCCCAUAGCACCAAGCACUUAACACCAAUAAGAGUAAGAUGGGAGGCCGGGCACGGUGGCUCACGCCUGUAAUCCUAGCACUUUGGGAGGCCAAGGCGGGCGGAUCAAGAGGUCAGGAGAUCAAGACCAUCCAGGCUAACAUGGUGAAACCCCAUGUCUACGAAAAAUACAAAAAAUUAGCUGGGCUUGUUGGCAGGUGCCUGUAGUCCCAGCUACUCGGGAGGCUGAGGCAGGAGAAUGGUGUGAAUCCAGGAGGCAGAGCUUACAGUGAGCCAAGAUUGCGCCACUGUGUGUGAGACUCUGUCUCAAAAAAAAAAAAAAAAGAGGGUAUGAUGGGAAAUAGAGUUGAAAUGAAUUAUGAAAAAUUCCAUAGGGAAGAUCAUGAAAAUUCUUCCCCAGAAAACAAUGUUCUUGAUUCACCACCGCAAGGCUUGGGGGUUAUUAGCUUGUGUGUCUCUCCUCUCGUUUACUCACUGUGUCACCAGGUCCUCUCUUUCCUCAAACUGGCUGAGACGUAGCUUGCAUCCUCUAGCUUUCCUUUCCUUCCCUAUCUAAAGAUAGACACAAACUCUUGGUGUUUUAAGUACUUAAGUGCUAAUCCUUGUAGGGAAAGUGAGAGGGGAAGAGCAAAAAUAACCAAUGUGAAGAAGUUAUGAAGUUUCCAGAAUGAUACCGUUGAAUCUUGGCAUAGGAUCAGUAGUUAGUUGCUUACUUCCUCUAAGAUAAGUGGAAAAACCCCAUUAUCUUCAGCUAUCUGUCUUUAUUUCUGGAGGCAAGAUCAAAAACCAACCAUCUGCCCUAUAAGUCCUUACUUAUUCUCCUGAACUAGAUGAGUACAGGCAUUGUCUGAUGAGAGGAUUUCUAGCUUUCAACAGAUUCUCACAGAAUUCAUGACCAGAACAACAUGGGGUAAUGACUGCUUUAGGAGCCAUUAAGUGGGCCAUUUUAGUUCCUUGAAGUUCUCUAUACUCUGGCCACUGUCAGGUCAGGAAAGAUGCCUUCUGAAGAUUCCUCACAGAGACUGUACAGCUGUUUGGGAUACAUAGGAUUUUAUAUUUCAUCUUCAGUGAUUCAUGAGCAUUACAUUGUUCCAAAACAGAGAAAGGAUUAUGUCAUUCCCCUGCAUAACACCUUCCAUGGCUCUCCAUUCCCUACAGUAGCCUUGCCAAGUGUAUGAGAUGCUAAUUGAGGUAGACUGUGGGAGGUGGGUGUUUCCGGUGCAGAAGAACCCUUGAUAUCACCUUCACUUCCUGCUAUAUGGCUGCGUAUCGAAAGGCAAGUUACUUAACUUCCUGCUAUAUGGCUGUAUUCAAAGGCAAGUUACUUAACCUUUCAGUCUUCCCAAUGUAUUCAUUUGCUAGGGCUGCUGUAACAAAGUACCACAGACUGGGCGGCUUAACCAAAAGAAGUGUAUUGUCUCACAGUUUUGGAGGCUAAAUGUCUGAGAUCAAGGUGUCAGCGGGGUUGGCUUCUGAGAGCUGUGAGGGAAGGAUCUGUUCCAGACCUCUCUUUGCUAAUAGAUGGCUGUCUUCUCUUUGUGUCUCACAUCCUCUUCUUUCUAUGCGUGUAUCUGUCUUUUUAUAAAGACAUCCAUCAUGUGGGAUUAGGGACCCCUCCCCACUCCAGUAUGACCUCAUCUUAAUUAAUUGUAUUUGCAGUGAUCAUAUUUCCAAAUAAGGUCACAUUCUAAGGUACUGAGGUUUAGGACUUCAACAUAUAAAAGAAUUCAACCCAUAACACCCAGGAAAUUAUUACUCGACUCCUUAUUAUCACAAUGGAAAAUGAGAUUAAACUAUCUGCAAACCACUUUCUGUGUACUAAAAAAAAGUACAUAUAUUUUUGGUAUGGAUUAAUAGUGAACAUAAGUAAUGACUACUGACUUCACCAAGAGUUUCUUCUCCACAUGAUCUUUAUUAUUUUUUAGGUAUAACAUCCAUGUGGAAAAGUGAAUGUAUCACAAAUGCAUUUAACACACACAGACACCUCCCAGAUUCUAUCUUCCAAGUUAAAAAAGAAAAGUAGAAAAACAUUUAUCAGCAUCCUAUAAGCUCCCCUCAUACUCCUGGGCAGUCAGUACCUAGUGCCUCCCAGAUUAUCCACUGUCUUGACUUCUAAGUCACAGAUUAGCUAAGUUCAAACAUAGAUUAGCUUUACCAGUUUUUGGAGUUUGUAUAAAUGAAAUUAUAUAGUAAUACUUUUUUUUACAUCUGGCUUAUUUACUCAAUAUUAUGUUUGUGAGAUCUUUCAAAUUAUUGUGUGUAUUUGUAGAUUAUUCAUUCACAUUGCUGUGUAGUACUCCAUACUGUGAAUAUGCCAUACUUUAUGCAUUCUGUUGAUGAAGACUUUAGUAGUUUCCAUUGUGAGUUUCUUAGGACUAGAGCUGCUAUGAGCAUUCUUGAGAAUGUCUUUUGUUAAACAUACGUACACAUUUCUUUGGGGUAUACUUAGGUGUGAAAUUGCUUUAUGCAAAGAGCUUUAAUAAAUCUGCCAAAGCGUUUUCCAAAGUGAUCGUUCAAGUAAUACUCCCAGCAGUGGUAGUCAAGAAUUUCCCUUGUUCCACAUUCUUGUAAACACUUCUUAUUUUCUGUCAUUUUCAUUUUCACCAUUUGGGUGAGAGAGUAGUUGUGAGGCAUGGUAGUUUUAUUUGUAUUUCUCUGGUGAGUGAAAAGAUUGAGCACCUUUCUAUAUAUUUAUUGGCCACUUGGAUAUCUUCUCUUGUGAUGUCCCCAAGUCUUUGCUCAUUGGUCUAUUGGGUUAUCUAUCUUUUUCAUAGUUAUUUGUGGGUAUACGUUAUAUAUUCUGGAUACAAUUCCUUUGUUAGAUAUGUGCUUUGUCAAUGUCUUCUCCCAAUCUAUGCCUGGCCUUUUUGCUCUUUUUUAUCUUUUAAUGAACACAAAUUCUUAAUCUUAAUAGAGUUCAAUUUAUUAGUGGUGUUCUUCAUAGUAUUUUUUGCCUACUCAUGAAGCAAGAUGUUCUUUUCUAAAAAUUGUGUUGUUUUGCCUUUUACACUAAAAGUUAUACUAUCCAUCUGAAAUUAAAUUUUUGUGUGAUGUGAGAAAUAAAAUACAUGUUUUUCCAUGUGGAUAUUCAAUUGACUCAACAUUAAUCAUUAGAAUUCUGCAUUUCAUUUUAAAUCAUGGGCACACAGUAGCAGUCUGGAUACCUCAGAACGAACACAUUUAAGGAUCAAGUCAUUUGAAACAUAUCUCACUAUAAUGACUUCUGCAGCCCAUUUUGACUGUGAAUAGCCUAGGCUGUUCAGUGUUAAGGUCAAAUGCUCAUUUAAUCUGCUUGCAGGAACCUAAUUUCUGGUCUAAUAGAUUAAGUAAAAUAAAACAAAUAAAUGCAUCCCCUUGGAAAUAGGAAAAAAUCAAAGUAUACAAUUUAAAAUUAAUUUGGAUCCUAGACAUAAGGGUUAUUGGUGAAAAAAAUUAAUAGGUGAAAAGGUCUUGACCAAACAUUUGGGGAGAAAUAACCAAAAGGCUUAUCUUUUAUUAUUAAGGAAGGCAAAUGAAGGGCCCACUUGUCUUCAUUAUACUCACACAUUUAAUGUCUCACUAGUUCCCCCAACUCUCAUCAAGAUGGAAGACAUGGAAUAAGGAGAGAUUGAAGGCAGAAAGAUUAGCUAGGUGGCCAUUCAUUCUUUCAUGCAUUCAUUCAACGAGUAUUUAUUCAAUGAUUAUUGUACCAAGUAUUGUAUUAAGUUCUGUGAAUAUUAAGAAGAGUAAAACACAGUCAUUGCCCUGAAGGCAUUUGCAAUCCAGUGGAGAAAAUAGACAACUAAGUAGUCACUUACAUAAAUGUGAUAAUGAAUAGAGGCUGUGAGAGUUUGGCAGAUAGGACAUUCAACUCAGCCCAGAGUGAGGGGAGACCUGGGAACCCCUUCUCAAAGUCUGAGGUUUGCCCACUGAAGGAUAGGACAGGAUGAAGGAUGAAUGGAGGACAUAGCCUCUAGAGCUAGUCUACAAGAUGUGUGAUCGUGGACAAAUCACUUUAUUUCUCUGUGCCUUAGUUUUCUAUUUGUUAAAUGGGGUUUAUAAUAGUAACCACCAUAGUUGAUCUGCUAAUUCAUUCUUCCGUUAGAAGAGUGAUUGACACUGAGUAUGUGUUUAGUGAGUCAAGCUAUUGUCAUAUGUGAGAGUUACAGCAUUACAGUUGGUCCCGAAGUUCUGGAGAAGCAAAGAGGUAUUAUCCACAGCAUUUGUCCAUUGUGACAACUGUAGUAGACGCAGAAGAGCAGUGACCAGAACCCAGGAGUUCAGACUAUUGUCCUGAUUGUGCUCUAUGUCUACAUCAGAUAAACGACUAUAUUAUCUCUAAAGUUCCUUUCCACUCUCAUGUCCUAUGAUUCUGCAGCUUCUGCUGAGAUAGACUUAAUAAAUAUGAUUUGAAUUCUGGUGGUAGAGAAAUAAAGAAAUCAAAAUCCAUUCUUAGAUUUCCAGCUGAGUGACUGAGUGAGCAGUGAUAUCAUUUCAAAAGAAACAGGCAAGUCAAGAAGAGAUAGGUGUGUGGAGACUGGGAGACAGAUUCGUGGAUAGAAUUUUUAGGUUGGAAGAAACCAUUUCCAUCAUUUUAUUUCAGUGUGGUAGAGAGGCAGAUAUUUCCAUAGUUAAUCACGACCACAGAAACAGGAGCCCUAUUGCCUAGAUCAGGGUUUGUCACUUACUAGCAAGUUACUUGAAUGUUCUGCAUCUGGCUUUCUUCAUCUGUAAAAUGCAGGUGAAAUGCAGAUUGAACCAUGCACAAUUGCCCUUUGUAGGUCAAAAUGGUUGAGUGUUGGCAAUUUCAUAUGGUUUGACCUAAUAAUAGAUACCCUCUAAGGGGCUGUACUGAGAAGUAAAUGAGUUCGUGUGUGUUACCUGCUUAGGACAGAGCUCAACAUGUAAUACAGUACUAUGGAAGUGUUUCCCUUAUUAUUAAGGCCAUUUAGCUUUUUCAAAAUCGAUUGCACCAAGCUUCAUUUAGGAAGAACAAUCAGGAAUUGCAUAGUACACCUAUUUAGGUCUCUUUCCCAUUCUUCACUUAUGCAGGCACGAGGCCUUGAUGAGGCAGUUAGUCCCUAGGAAUACAGCUGGGUUUACUUUUGCCGACACGGCUGCUGCCAUUUUGCUUGUUUCUCAUGCCUGCAUCUAGACAGGAAUUGGCUUCUGCUCCAAAAGGAAAUUUAGCAUCAAAGUUCUCGGAUGAGCUAGCUUCCUCUCCCUGUUCUUUUGUCCUCCACCCUCACUCCCUCCCUAGCCCAACUCUUGGUACCAGCAGGCCUAGUUUCCAUCUCCCUCACAGUGUGUGAUAUUGGUGACAUACUGGUCAUCCAACGUCUGAAGGCCCUUGGUAUUCUGGACACCCCGGCUGGCCCUGCAGAGACGGGAAAAGGAGAAGGGCAUAUCUAAGGCUAAGAAGAGGGAAGAACGGAGGGGAGAGUGAAGGGAGCUCCAGCUCUGAGCCAUGAACUGAGGAGUAGGACAGACACAGAGGCUACUGAAGAACCCUGUUCUAGUUGCAUGACUUUGACGAGUCUUAGACUGUUUGUGUGAUGAGUCUCCAACUGUGCAUGAACCAAGAUGCAGAGAGAUGUUAAAGAAGCAGGAAAAACAAAACUAAACUAAAGAUGUAUCUUUCCUGUGUCUUUUAAAUCACAGGGACACAGUAGCAAUCUGGACACCCUAGCAGUAAAAGCAGUAUGAGUGGAGUUCCUUACAGAACUAUUUACUUGCUGUUGCCUGGUGUCAUAAACAGAUUAACGAUGACUCAUACUGUUGGUUUAUAAUAUAUGUUCCAGUUUGUGAAUUGUCUUUUCACUUCCUUUUUUGUGUGUUUUUGAAGCACAGAAGUUCUUACUAUUAAUGUAGGUGAAGUUACUGAAUAUUUUCUCUUUGUUUUCAGGUAUUUGUAUCUUGCUUAAGGAGAUGAUUCCCUAUCUGCUUCACAUUUUAAGUAAUUAGUAUGUAAACCUCUCCUACGUUAGGCUGUGGUUUCAAGUUUGCAACCAUUCAAGUUUGCAAUAGUUUAUUUUCUCUUGUUGGUGUCACCCUGGUGAUACAUUUUACACAAAAGAAGGAAAUACUCUAAGGAUGAAAUUCAGAAUUACAAAUUAUGGCUGAUUAAAAUCACCCUUACUAAUUACUGAAUGUUUCACAAGUGCAAGACACUUUACAAAAAGUUUGUCGCAUCAAUCCCAGGGAUCACAGACGAGGAAAAUUAGGCCCACAAAGUUUAAAAUAUAAUCAUUAAGCAAGCAAUUAACAUAAAAAUAUAGUUAUUAUUGAAAGCAUAAUUUUGGUUAGGAGAGAGUUCCAACUCAAAAAUCUCCUUUGAGAACUAACCUAAAGAAUGCUUUGGGUGUUGAAAUAUUCCCAUUUUGUUUGAAUGUAGUAGACACAUUUCUGUUAAAAGUAGCAUCAUAUUUGCCUGAAAAUCAAUGAAAAAUGAUUUCCUUCUUUUUCGAUGAUCAAAUUUUUCAAGAACAGAGUGUCUUUGUUAUCAAGGACAGUUUGGAAAGCAGUUGUACCAAAUAGGUAAACAUUUGGAGCCUUGAAGAGGAAAUUAGCUGUUGAGGUUAGAGUUUCCUUGCAAAUUCAAUACAUUUAAGUUCACAGAGUUCUAAUAUUCUAAUACAUGGUAAUUAAGAAAAAAAUAUAUAGAACAGAGUUAUCAGGUGUCCAAAUGUCCUAGAUGUUGUUGUAUAGGAAAAACAGGAAGCAAAUAAACACCUGGUAAAAAGCUUUCUCCUGUCCUAUAGCAGUUAGAAGAUGUAAAUUUCUUUCAUCAGAAUUUCAGUCUUGGCUCUGUCUCUAACAAUGGCCUUAGCCAAAUCACUACUUGUCUCUGAUCCUCAGUUUCCUCAUCUGUGAAUAACAACAUCUACACUAUUUAUCUCCCAAGGUUUUUGUGAGAAGAUACUGAAAUGUGUGCAUGAAAUGCUUUGAGAAUUGUUAAUAUAAAGUCUAGGAUGUAAAUUAUAAGAGUUGCUGAUAUAUUAAUAGUAAAUGGUAUUGACAGUAUCUAAGACUGAUAAGGUCUUUUGUGUGUGUGUGUACAGACUUUAAUAUCUAUAUCUAUACAUAAUUUUAUACAUGAUAAUAGUAAUUUUCAUUUACAUUACAUUUAACACUCCUUGGAGGACUUAUUAUGUCCAUUAUUUUAUGUGAGUCCCUGAGUAACCUUGUGAGGUGGACCAAGUGUUGUCUUAUCUUUCCAUGUUGAUAAUGCAGAUCUCUGCUUUCUGACCAAAAGGAAAACCUCUCCUCUUUGGCAAUUUCCAUAGCUUCUGUCAGUCCUUGUUGCUGUUGCCCGUCACCUCCAGAUUAUUCCCUGAUAUUUAUCAAAUAUGUGGCUCACAUAUGUCCUCUCCUUUCCUACUUCUGAGAGUAUUCUUAACUUCGAAGUCCAUGUGGAUGAACAUUCAGCACUCUGAUGCUUUGACCUCACACUUUCAUCAGUUUUCAUUUUAAGCACUAAAGCACCCAAUUUUUAGAAACCUACUUCCAAGGCAAGUCCUCAGGCUUUGACAUUGCUCCAGACAGCUAUAUCUGAAAUCUCUAAAUCUGACAGUUCACUCUUGGACAGUGACCUUCUUUACUUCCAGCUCUCUUAGUUUCUUUCUCCCCCUAUAGCUAUGGUUCCAGUUCAGCAGGACUUUCAUUCUUCAAACUCCCCAUGAUCCCUGCCCCUGAUACAGAUACACAUAUGCACUUUCUCAUAGUCAAUGAGCUUCCUCUGGAUCUUACUUCCUUCUCUGUGUAGCCUAGGUCAAUUACUUUAAGAGUACCCUUGCCAACUGCUUCUAUUCCUACCCUUUUUAUUUGUUACUCCCAAUUUGGAUCUUGCCAAUAAUCGAUUUUUCCUGCUCCAACCACCAGCAGUCAGGUGUUGCUGGAGAAAAACCAGGUAAGUAUGUGUAUGAAAUGGAGAUGGUACAAAUCCAUCGCUAUCCCCAUUGGAUACUCUGCUGCUUUCAGCUUCUUUGCUGGUUUCUGGUGUGUUUUCUAUUCUAUCUGAAGGAGUUGUUAUAAAUAUUUACCCCUUUCCAGGAGCUUUUUCCUUUACUUGCAACUUUUAAAUUAACAUUAUAUGAUCUUGCCUCACACUCCACAGAGAAAAGAAAAAUAACCAAAGAUCUGUCUCUGGUUCUGCUCCAACCUCCCUCUUUUCCUUCUUUUUAGAGAAUGACAUGACAUUCCCCUAUUCAAGUCUGACCUACUUUUUUGUACAAAUUUUAUUCCCUCUGAACUUCUCCAGAGGCUUACUUCCACUUAUUUUCGUUCUCUCCUUUUCAGUCUCUCAGAGCACGUAGAUGCUCAAACAUUUCAUUUCACUAACAAAUAAAUGAGCAUUCCACACACACCCUUAUUUUUACAUCCUUCUAUUCUUCAAUUGUUACGUCAUUAUCCUAUAUCACUUUUCCUCUUGUGGUUGAAUGUCACCCAGAGGUACUUUACAUUAGCUCUUCUGAUUAAGUAAUGCCUCCACGGAGUUGUCAUAUAAAUACUACAAUCCAACAACAGUUCACGAAUUAUCCUGACACUUUGGUGCUUUAUUUAGUCACUUCUAUGUUGACAUUUUGCCUUAUUCAGUAAGGAAGUUUGCUUUAGAUAAAUAUAUGACGGUAAAUUGCAGCUUUGACCAAUGACUAGAGAGAGUAUGAAAGCAUUAACUAUUACACCUCGUGUAAGAAACAAGAACUUUAAGGAUAGUGAUGGGAAUUGUGGAAAAAAAUUCCUCAUUACCAGUUACUAAUGUGACAUUCUUGGAGAGAUGGUGCUUCCCAAAUAAACAGUGUCGUCAAAAUAAAUGUGCAUACCCUCAUAGAUGAAAUACAAAUAGUUUUUUUACGCAGGAUUCCAGAAAGUAGCAGAGGGUGGGAUCUUGAUAAUGUGUCAGUCAAGAGUAAACACAGAUGCCAGGGAAGUCUUUCUUGCACAGUUAGUUUAUCCCGCUUGAAACCAGAGGCCAGCUGGGAGUUGCUGAACUUUGGUUCUCGCUCCAUAAAAGGGAAGCCUGCAAUUAGAUGAACCCUUGCCUUUGCUGACAGAAAUUACUGAGAUUUAUGAUACUGUGAGGGUACGUGGGGGACCUUAUAUUCUUAGCAAAUGUCAAAUUACCCUGAUGAUAUUUCUGGUCAGCUCAUUUCUGGGGAUGGAGAGCAGUGUGCUUACUGACAGACUAGGCCCUGUGAGGCAUCCUCAUUUGGUGCAUGUUCAGAUGUUUCAAAAGCUCAUUUCUAAAGAACAGGCUCAGAAAGAAAUUAACAGAAAGUAAUUCAAACUACCAAUAAUCAUAAUUUAGUAUUCAUCUUGUGUCCAGAAUUGGUUCCUUCCAGUGGGUUCUUGGUUUUGCUGACUUCAAGAAUGAAGCCGCGGACCUUCGCGUGUCCUUGCGUGAGGAGUGCCUCUGCCCGGCUGCUGCCCCAUCUGGGAAGUGAGGAGCACCUCUGCCCAGCUGCCACCCCAUCUGGGAUGUGAGGAGCGCCUCUGCCCGGCUGCCCAACCAUCUGGGAAGUGUGGAGUGCCUCUGCCCAGCUGCCCACUGUCUGGGAUGUGAGGAGUGCCUCUGCCCAGCUGCCGCCCCAUCUGGCAAGUGAGGAGUGCCUUUGCCGGCCCACCAACCACCUGUGAAGUGAGGAGCACCUCUGCCUGGCCGCCAACCAUCUGGGAAGUGAUGAGGGCCUCUGCCCAGCUGCCGCCCCAUCUGGGAUGUGAGGAGCACCUCGGACUGACUGCCCACCAUCCAGGAAGUGAGAAGUGCCUCUGCCCAGCUGCCCACUGUCUGGGAACUGAGGAGCACCUCUGCCCGGCCGCUGCCCUGUCUAGUAAGUGAAGAGUGUCUCUGCCUGGCCGCCACCCCAUCUGGGAAGUGAGGAGCAUCUCUGCCCUGCCGCCCAACUGACUGGGAAGUGAGGAGUGCCUCUGCCCGGCCGCCAACCAUCUGGGAAGUAAGGAGCACCUCUGCCUGCCUGCCGCCCAGUCUGGGAAGUGAGGAGCGCCUCUGUCUGGCCGCUGCCUCAUCUGGGAAGUGAGGAGCACCUCUGCCUGGCCACCAACUGUCUGGGAAGUGAGGAGCGCCUCUGCCCAGCCACCAAAUGUCUGGGAAGUGAGGAGCGCCUCUGCCUGGCCACCAACCAUCUGGGAUGUGAGGAGUGCCCUCUGCCCGGCCACCAACUGUCUGAGAAGGGAGGAGUGCCUCUGCCCGGCUGCCCCACCGUCUGGGAAGUGAGAAGUGUCUCUGCCUGGUCGCUGCCCCAUCUGGGAAGUGAGAAGCGCCUCUGCCUGGCUGCUGCCCCAUCUGGGAAGUGAGGAGCACCUCUGCCCAGCCACUGUGCAACCUUCCAAGUGUGAAGUGACAGCCUUGUGUGUGAUCUUUUCUGUCUUCCCCAAGUUUGCAUUUUCGACAUUAAAGUUUACUUUUUAAUUAAAAGUUAAAAAAAAAAUAAAGUGUCCUUGCAAACCA